UCCACGGAAAGCACCGCCAUCCAACGACCCGGUUAGAAGCGCGUGUCCCCGGGGCUGACGGUGAGGCCGCAGCAGAAAGGAAGCAUCCAGCAGGGCUGGAGGAGGAGAGGAAAAAAAAACCCUGCUACAUUGGAUGGUGUGGGAUGAUGAUGUUUCCCUAAACGGCCCACUGAUACUCAGGGAUUGUCAGACUGGUGGUGGUGGUAAGGAUUAUCCAAGAGACUAGAGGAAGCAAGACAGGGAGGAAGGGGGGAGGCAGAGACGAGCAUCAUCCAGGGAGGACGGUAUUGUGAGGGAGGCUGACCGACGAUACCGCGGAACAGUAAGAAAUUAAUAAAAGGAAAACAAAACAAAAUUAAAACCUGGAAUAGGAUUUUUGCUUCUUUUUUUGCCCAUAGACUGUAAUCACCAGAGGACACUGGCCUUGAUUGAAGAAAGUCAGUUCAUGAUUGUUCCAGUAGCGCAUGCAGAUCCAACAGAAGUGAGUGGGAAUCAGCCGCUCUCCGCUUGUUAUGCAACUCAAAUCAAUUGCGGCUCUUUAGAAAGUGUCCUACUAUCUCUUUUUCUGGUGCUGUGUCUGUGUGCUGUUUUCGAGGGCAGCUGGGAUUACUGAGGCUGGUCGCUCAUUCCGGGGCGUGUGUGUGGGGGUGGGGGGGUAGGACCAUAUUGGACGCUUGCUAGUCGAGGUUGGACUCCGCGGAGGGAAGAUGUCGGGGCAGACGCUGACGGACCGCAUCGCCGCGGCUCAGUACAGCCUGACGGGAUCCGAGGUGUGCCGAGCUGUGUGUAAAGCCACCACACACGAACAGACAGCCCCAAAGAAGAAACACUUGGAGUACCUGAUCCAGGCCACCCAGGAAUCUAAUGUGAACGUCCCCCAGAUGGCGGACACACUGAUGGAGAGGGCUGGCAAUGCCAGCUGGGUGGUGGUUUUCAAAGCCCUGAUCACCACGCACCACCUCAUGGUGCAUGGCAAUGAGAGAUUCCUCCAGUUCCUGGCAUCUAGAAACACCUUGUUCAACCUCAGCAACUUCCUGGACAGAACUGGCUCCCAUGGCUUAGACAUGUCCACAUUUAUCAGACGCUACAGCCGCUAUCUCAACGAGAAGGCCUUCGCAUACAGACAGAUGUCUUUUGACUUUGGCCGAGUCAAGAAAGGAGCUGAGGGUGUGAUGAGGACCAUGUCAGUAGAGAAGCUGCUGAAAGGAAUGCCUACUCUGCAGAGCCAGAUCGACGCCCUGUUGGAUUUUGAGGUGCAUCCAAAGGAUCUCAACAAUGGAGUGAUAAAUGCCUGCUUUCUCCUACUCUUCAAAGAUCUGAUCAAGUUAUAUGCCUGCUACAAUGACGGCAUCAUCAACCUGUUAGAAAAAUUUUUUCAGAUGAAGAGAAGCCAGUGUAAAGAUGGGCUUGAGAUCUACAAGCGGUUCCUGACAAGAAUGACUCGGGUUUCUGAAUUCUUCAAAAUUGCUGAGGAAGUGGGAAUAGACAAAAACGACAUACCUGAGCUCACUAAGGCCCCCGAAAGCCUUCUGGCAUCUCUGGAGACUCACCUCAACACUCUGGAGGGGAAGAAACCAGAGGACAAGUCGCCCACAAAGGAUGCUACUGCCAACAACAGCGCGCCGGUAGCAGCAGCAGCUUCUGCACCAGCCAAGCCCGCACCUCCCGCUGCCGCCGGUGGGCCUCCAGCCCGUCCUGUGCCGCCUGCCAAGCCUCCUCCACCCUCUGUCACUCCCACUGCACCAGUCCCCACCACUACCAGCAAUGCACUUGAUGAUGGGUUCCUGUUGGAUCUAGAUCCCAUGUCCUCCUCGUCAGCAGGAGGCGCUGCAGCCACUUCCUCUACAACUGGAUGGGGAGAUCUCUUGGCUCAGGCGACUCCAGCCUCUGCUGAUGGAGCUUCCAAAUCUCUCCUGGCAAAGAAAGAAUCUGCUGAUGCUGCAGCUGCUGCUGCCCCCGUGGCUGCCCCGCCCAUAGCCCCUGCUCGUUCCACCACCGCUGCGGCUGCGGCUGCAGCUGCAGCUGCGGCUGCGGCUGCACCAGUGCCAGUGCCCACUUCGCUGCCCAUCUCUGCUCCUGCCGCCACCACCACUGCCACCACCUCAGCCACAGACAUCGACCUUUUUGGAGAUGCGUUUGCACCUUCCCCAGGAGAUGGUCCUGCCGCCGUGGCCGCGGGCCCCGUUGCUGAUGCAUUUGGUGGAUCUGACCCCUUCGCUACGACGGAGGGGAGUGCGGACAUUGCUCCAGAGCUGGACCUGUUUGCUAUGAAGCCCGCUGACACAGGGGCAGAUGCUGCCGCCAUUACACCUCCCACCUCUAGUGAGGCGCCGACUAUCAUCGCUCCCAUCGCUGCCCCCGCUGCCCCCACCCCUUCUUCCACCACCACCACCACCACUUCUACUACUACCACAACCACCACCGACACCACCACAGAGUCUGCAGCUGCCCCGACUCUAGAUCUCUUUGGUGAUAUGUUUGAUUCUAUGCCUGAGCAAAGCCCUACCACUGAAUCCAAAGCUGCUACCACUCCUAGCGUAGACCUUUUUGGUGCAGACCUUCCUGCUGUUUCACGCGGGCCCUCUCCUUUGCCCGAGCCGGCUCCGGCUGGAGACAUUGUGACGGAUUCGUUUUCACCUCCAGCUCCUGCCCCUGCUCCUGCUUCUGUUCCUGCUGCAGAGACCCCCUCUCCACCUAAAGCAGAGCCAGAGCCUGUCAUUGACCUGUUGGACUCUUUCAGCGGCCCUGUGGAGGAAGUGCAGAGUUCUGCUCCUGGAGGGCCUGGAGACGACCUACUGGGAGGCUUGAUGUCCCCCACCCUCACUCCUGCUGCCGCCCCAGCUCUGGCUCCAGCCCUCGCUCCGGCUCCAGCUCAGAACGACCUCCUGGAGACGGGUUUUGAUGUCUUGGGCCCACUUUCUUCGCCAGCGCCACCAGUACCUGCUGCAGCAGCAGCGGCAGUACCAAUAGUGCCAGCUACAGCAGCAGCAGCAGCAUCAGAACCUCUGUCCGCCACAACAGCACCCUCUGGUGGCUUUGAUGCUUCAAUGUUUGAUGGAUUAGGUGACUUGCUGAUGCCCGCUGUAACACCCCAGAGCACUGGGGGCAGCACCGCUGGAAGCACAGCAGGAAGCAUGGGAACUCCCAUCGCUGCUGGGGGUAUUGCAGCCGCUCCACCCGCAACCCCUCCUGCUACCAAAACCAUUGUUGGAGAUCUGGAUUCAUCGCUGGCCAACUUGGUUGGAGAUCUUGGAGUAAAGAAAAAGGACCCACAGAGUGAGAAGAAGCUGACAGGAGGUGCAAACUGGAUGCCACAGGUAGCCCCUACAAGCUGGGGUACACCAGGAGCCCCUAUGGCUGGUACUGCCCCUGGAGCUCCUGGAGUGUCAGGAGCAGCUCCUCCUGGCGCAGCCAUGGUGCCACCAAUGAGUGCACAGCCCGGCUUUGGCAUGCCUCCUGCAGCAGGGCCUGGAGCUCCUAUGAUGCAGCCCAUGAUGGGGCAGCCUAUGAUGGGACAGCCCAUGAUGAGACCUCCCUUCACUGGGGUGGCCGGAACUGCACCCGGAGCUGCUGCACCAGGAGCACCGCUUUCUCCAGGGCCUGCAAGCCAGAGCCCCAAGAAGCCCAAGGACCCACUGGCAGAACUCGACCUCAAGGACUUCUUAUAACACCCCAGCUGCUUUUCUCUUUGGAUCAGAGCCCUCUCACCUUUUACCUGGUGUCUGUCAACAUCUCAGGAUGCCAGCGAUGUUCAGCUACUCGACCUUAUAAGAGCCUCUUUUCUCCACCCCCUGCCCCCAGCCCUUCUCCUGUGUGAUGUCGUAGCACAAACUGUGAAAGUGAACCAUAGCGGAUUACAUAUAAAUAUAUGGAAAAAAACAAAAAAUACAAGCGUGUGCUUAUGUCGAUGUACCAAACUUUUGUCUAAAUGAAAUCACUCCAAAAGAAAAAAAAAAAAAAAAAAAAA